UACGGCAAUGUUUCCAGUGCGUCCACUCACUGCAUCAACCAAUCUUUGUAGUUCAGUGCAGCCGCGUGUUUCCCAGGCUUUGCCCAAAUCGGCCGAUCGCAUUGUCAGAUCACUUGGCCCUGCAGGAGUCGCAGCGUCCAGACGAUUAUCAGGCAGCAUUGGCUCCCGUGGAGGAUUGAAGGCAGGAUCAUUUGUGACUCUGAUUUGUGCAGCUGGUAUCGUCCCUGCAAGAGCGUUUGCCGCAAGUAUGUCUGAGGCAAAAACAGCCACGUUCGCAGCGGGCUGCUUCUGGGGUGUGGAGCACUAUUUCAACAAACACUUCAAGGGGGCAAUCCUCAAGAGUGAGGUGGGCUACACAGGCGGGGAGACCAAGGAUCCAAAUUACAGACAGGUCUGCUCAGGAGCCACUGGGCAUGCAGAAGCUGUACAGUUUGAGUAUGACCCUUCCAAGGCAAAAUAUGAAGACCUGGUGGAAUACUUUUACCGCAUCCACGACCCGACCACCAAGAACCGGCAGGGCAACGAUGCAGGCACGCAGUACCGGAGCGCCAUCUACUACGAAGACGACGAGCAGAAGAGGAUUGCCGAGGAGGUGACGGCGCAGCUGCAGAAGACGAAGAUUUCUGCCCCAAUCACGACAGAGAUUGUGCCUGCACAGCAGUGGUACAGCGCAGAGGAAUAUCACCAGCGAUACCUGGUCAACAACCCUGGCGGCUACUGCAACCACUUUGAGCGCUGGUGAAAACAGGAAUCCAGUAUGAUAUGAUAUCAGUCCUGAAAGUAACUGAAUGGCCUCAGACAAGCAACUGGGAACCUGCUUGCCUGGGGAAUGCAAUUCGAGGCUCUUGAACAGAACCCCUGGGAUGGCAAGUCUCCUGUGUGCAACCAGGGGCUUCUAUGGCUGCUCUGAUGCAGAACAUCACAGUAUUUGUCCAGAAUGCAGCAUCUGUAGCAUCUGCAGCAUCUUGUAGCUUAAGCUUGCUGGUUGACAGUGGAUGAUCAAUCCGUUUGAUGCUUUUUGAGUAGCUUUCCUGGUGUGGGAGGAUGACUGCAUCAUGCAGUCUGCAUGGUAGAAUAAGACGCAUGAGUAAGCCACGCUGUGGCCAAUACCACGCCAAACUGACGAGGUCUAGCUUGCGCUGUUCUCUGAACCAUCGUGGCAUGCUGGCUAUGUAGCAGUAAGGCUGCUUUGUGUCUGGUACCGUGUCAUAGCAUGACAGAUCAGACAGCGGAAGGAUCUCAUGAGGAGAAAACGUGGAUGCUGCGCCAUGCAAGUUUUAUACGGAGAUUGGACAG